AUGAUUUUACGUCUAGAUUUUUAUCAAAGACUGAACAUGUUUUUUUGCAAUUCGAUUAUUUUACUUUACCAAAAUUGCAAAUCCAUCACUGCUAUAGAAAAUUCCCCAGCAAAGCAGGAACUCCCGCUGCAAAAUGAUUACUUUGUAUUUUAUGAAGUGCUUCUUUUAAUCGCAGUUCAUGAAUUUAUCUUUACAGUGAAAAACUUAAUGGCAUUCUCCUGUCUUUACAUGUAUACUAUAUGCUUUCUAAGGCUUAAUUUGACCAUCGAAGAGCGUUUAUCUCUGACUUUUCGCAAUAAAAGCACCGCUUUGGAUCAUAUUCCAAAAUAUCUAGUCAAAUUUGGUAUCAUUUUAAAGGGUCAAAAUUCGACUUUAUUAAUGGUCAUUGUUGUACCAUUUGGCCAUUACCUCUUGCUAGCAAGGUCACACGGGAUUUUAGAAAACUUAAACACAUUCAAAAUGCAUUCAAAUGCAACAACUCUGAGGCUUUGUUAUUGUAUAGAUAGUAAGGACACCAUCAGUUCACUGAAAAUCAGCACUAAUGAAGAAGUGUUUUUUGCAUUUUAUAAGGAGGAAGUCCUGUUUAUUUGUCAAAAACACAUGAUCAGAAAAGAUAAAUGUGAUGUUGAUGCAAAUCCAUGCAUAUAA